UGGGAUUAAAGAGGAAGGAAAUCACGUUUUCAUGGGGCUAUCAUGGCUGAACAAAUGAGACAUUACCUUCUUCAAAGACUUUUAGAUAAAAUUCAAUUGGCAUUUUCCACAACUCCACUAAAUUUGGACUUUUUAGAAUUUGUUUGUCGACAGGAGCUGUAUCUUCUGCAAGCCCUAUCCAACCACAUUCAAGUACCAGCUGCUAUUAUCCAGACUUUGCAGGAACUCUUUGAACUUGUGAAAGCACAACUGGAACAUCCAGCCCCAGAUGUCACAGUGGAGAAGACAGGCACCAAAGGACGCCCCAAAAUUUUGGUCGAUGAACAGCAUGUGAAGGAACUGCUUGGCGUACACCUUCCUGUGCCUUGCAUAGCCACAUUGAUGGGUGUUUCAAGAAUGACAAUCUAUCGAAGGAUGAGAGAGAAUGAGCUUUCUGUCAGGGCCAUGUAUAGUCCCAUCACCGAUGCUGAGCUUGACUAUUUGGUUUCUGACAUUAAGCGUGAUUUACCAAAUGCAGGCUACAGAAUGGUAAAAGGCCGACUGGAUUCUCUGGGACACAGAGUUCCAUGGAGAAGAGUUGCUGCCUGCAUGCACAGAGUUGAUUCCAUAGGUAUCAUCUCAAGACUGUCCAGUCUUGGCUGUGUCAUACGCAGAGUUUACUCUGUACCAGGGCCCUUGUCCCUGGGUACGAGCUGA